AACUUCGACAAUAUCGUUCCUCAAUUCUCAGUGAUAAACUGGAAAUUGAAUCAAAGGAAACAUAUUAAAAGUGUUGUAGCAUAAAGGCAAAGCGGUUCAUCGAUUGAUCAGAGAGCAACCCGUUUAUUUUGUAAAAGAUCGAACAAGGUAUUGCUUUUGUAACAAGUUUCUGUUGUGUGAACAGAAUUCUACAAUACAAAUCAAGAGAAAAUGGGUUCGUCUGUUGGAAUGAUCGUUCUCCUGAUUUCAUGUUUCUCCUGCACUGUUUUCGGAUUUUUUCCCAACGAUCGAAGGAAUAAAAUGGUUACAUGUGAAGAACCAAACAUGAAGAAUGGUAACCACAACCCCAAAGUAGGAUUUUUCGAAAAUUGGAGACAACCGCUCUUUGAACUAAUUACAUUCACAUGUAACGAUGGAUUCGAACUCAAAGGUGCAAAGAGAUCAAGGUGCCAACUGAACGGCAAAUGGUAUCCGGAGGAGCCGACCUGCGAACCAAUCGAAGGAGUUGGAGCUAAAAUUUUACCUUGUGUUCUACCUCCGGUCGGAGAUCACGUAGACGUUAAUCCACUCAAGGCAACAUACGACACCGACGAAACGGUAGAUUUUGCAUGUAAUGGAUUCCGAAAAUCUGACGGUUUCAAAAGAACAAGAUGCGGCAAAGAUGGAGAAUUUCAUCCAUCUCCUCCUAAGUGCAUCCAGCCAAAAUGCCCACCCCCUCAGGUCCCAAGUAAUGGAGCUAUUCGACCCAAUAGAACCAGUUAUUCCGUCGGAGAGGUUGUCAACUUCAAAUGCAUAAAAGGAUACAAACUUGUUGGAAAAACUCUUAAUGCCACAUGUGGAGAAGAUGGUCACUUCACGGCUUCAGACGCCAAAUGCAAAGUUAUCCCAACAAAAGUGAAGACCUGCAAACGUCCGUACGUGAGUUAUAGGCAAGCCAUCAGCCCACGCAGAUACGAAUACAAACCCGGAACAAUUAUCCGGUAUUACUGCGCCCACGGAUACAAACUUCAAGGCCAACAAACCCUACAAUGCCAACGAAAUGGACAAUGGUCAAACACUCGCCCAAGCUGCAGAUUGAUUUACUGUAAAAGACCAGAAGAUCCCGAGGAUGGUAAAGUUGAGUCAGAUCAACCGUACUUCAGACUCGGUCAGAAAGUGAAAUUUUCUUGUAACAACUUGCAUUAUAUGUAUGGGGCAGACGAAUCUAUAUGCAGCGAAGAUGGCUUGUUCUACCCACAAAAUCCGACCUGUCAUCGAUCAUUCAUCGGAUACUACGGCAACUGAUUGAACCGACUCAUUAAGCGAAAUACGACUUGGCUUAAAAGUUUUGUUAAAUAGAUGUUUCUGUCAAUUAUGUGUAAUCUUUUGCAUCUGAGUAAAUUACAUACUGUAUAUGGAAACUGUAACACUCGUCAAUGCACACUCAACACACUUUUUACACCAUUAAAAUAGAAUCAAAAAGAGCUGUAUUAUCAACUUUAUCGUUUAGUACUAUUAUGUGUUCUUUCAUCAUGACAUUAUUCUUUAUCCUCACGAAAUUGUAAAAUUAUUUAAAUCAGGAUUAUUAAUUCAUUACUUAGUGCACUCGUCAAUGUUGUAUGUGACUUUAUUUUAUGUACAUUUUUUUCAUUUUCAUGUUAUUUUUUCAUUUGAGAAUUAAAUUAUAUAUAAUGCAUUAA